AUGGAUCCCUGCAGCUUGCAAAUCUUCCAGAAAGAACUCAUCUGCUCCAUCUGUAGGAACUGCUUCAUAGACCCCAUCACCACAGACUGUGGGCACAGCUUUUGCAGGCCCUGUUUCCACCUCAGCUGGCCAAACAGGUCAGUUAUUCCUCGCUGCUCUGAAUGCCAGAAAAGAAUCCAACAGAGAGACUUUCACACGGAUGUCUUUCUCAAAAAAAAAGGUUCUAUUGCCAGACAAGCCCAUCUUGGGCAUUUUCUACGUUCUAAGGAGAAUGAGUGCAGGAUACACAUUGAGGCAAAGCAGAUCUUCUGUGAGGACCAGAGGAGCCUGCUCUGUUUGCACUGCUCUACCUCCCAGGAGCAUGAGGCUCACAGACACUGUUCAGUGGAAGAGGCAGUUGAAGAAUACAGGGAGAAACUCCUCAAGACAAUUUCUUUAUGGGAGAAAUGUUGUGAAAAUGACAGAAACCUGAAUGUGGAAACUGUCACAACCAGAUCUUGGGAGAUUUAUGUGAACUCAAAGAGCGAAGCGAUCAGAACUGAAUAUGGUAAUUUGUCUCUCUUGCUGGGUCCAGAAAAGGAUAAUCAUUUAGAGAGACUGAAAAGAGAAGGCAACAAGAUUUUUGAACAACUUAAGGCCAGUGAAGCCAGCAUGGCACAUAAGAGGGAGCUUUUAAGAGGAAUGUAUACAGAGCUGAAGGAAAUGUGCCAUAAAUCAGAUGUAGAGCUGCUCCUGGAUUUUGGAGACAUAUUGCAAAGGAGUGAGGCCGUGUGUGAGCAUAUGCCCCAGCCUGUGAAAGCAGAGCUCACUGCAGUGACCAUCCCAGGGAUGAUUGCAAGGUUCCACUUGUUCAAAGAUAUCAUGACACUCAACCUAAGGAUGGUUUCUGACUGUCAAGGUGGCCCAGCAGAAGGAGCAUGA